AACCCAGUGCAUCCCCCAUCCCCCACUCGUCUGUAGCUGAGAGUUGUCUGUAACAGCGCCACUGGGCCCACUCAAACGCAGUUCGAGCUCAAGCAGUCCGCAGCGACCCAAAGCAAAAGUCCACGCGAGAGAAAGACUAUCACAAUAGUCCACCGCACGCAAGUGAGGAAAUAAAUCUGGUUUCUUCGAGCGGGUGACGUUGAUUUGCAUAUCCACUUCCACUCCUUCCUCAUUUGCAUACAGCAAGAAAUGGCGAGCGGGCAUCCCACAGACAAAUUCAGUUUCAUGUAUCAACCAGACACGCACAAGAGCAAAAACAGGUUGUCUUCAGCCAUGAAUCCAGUCUACAGCCCUGUUCAGCCUGGAACCCCCUAUGGAAACCCCAAGAACAUGGCUUUUGCGGCAGGCUAUCCAGGAGGGUAUCCCACCACGGCACCCACUUAUACGCCAAACCUAUAUCAAACAGGAAGCCCUGGGUAUCCACCUGGAUAUACUGCAGCUGGCACCCCAUACAAAGUUCCACCUACUCAGUCAAAUGGAGCACCCCCUCCUUAUACCCCAACCCCGACACCAUACCCGACAGCCAUGUACCCUAUCCGCAGUGCCUACACACAGCAGAACUUGUACGCACAGGGUGCAUAUUAUACCCAACCGGUGUAUGCAGCGCAGCCACAUGUGAUCCAUCAUACCACGGUGGUGCAACCAAACAGCAUCCCUUCUACGGCCCUCUACCCAGCCCCUGUUCCUGUACCUAGUCCUCGUAAUAACGGCAUGGCCGCCAUGGGGAUGGUAGCCGGGACAACCAUGGCCAUGAGUGCAGGGACACUGCUGACGACACCCCAGCACGCACCUAUCGGAGCACACCCCGUUACUGUGCCCACUUACAGGCCCCAGGGCACACCCGGGUACAGCUACGUGCCACCUCACUGGUAGAGGCUGCCAACUUAUAUCUGGAGUCCGCCAUCAUAUGCAACUGCUCAAAUCUGACCCAGACUUCCGGUAACCAUGGGAACUUGGCACCAUGUCUACAGAACAAAACUAAAGUGCAACAGCCACUUUAUUAUUCUCUAACAUUUUUACAAAAGCUGCUUUUCUUUGAUUUUUUUUUUUUAAUUUGUUCAUUUGCCAACCAGUCAUUACCGUGUUUUUAUGUUUUUUUAAUAUUAUAUUUUUUUUAUGUCUUCAUCCACCUUUUUUUUUUUAAUAAUUGGAACUCCAGAAGGACACAGACCAAUCACAGGUGUACCUGUGCGUGUGCGUGUUUAUGUAUGUAUGUGUGUUGUUGAUUGGGGCUGGGGGGGCAAAUAUGUGGGUGUAUGUGGUCCUGCCUGCUGCUCAGUUGGCUGGAAAAUAUUGCGCACUUAUUCCUCAAUAUCAUUUCCUUCAGUCAUUGAAAACUAGACAUACUUAUGCUGCCAAAAUUCCUCACAACUAGAUAUCAGCACAGGCUUUAAAUACCCAUUUUAAGAUUUUGGGUUCAUACAGGUUUUUCAUUUUUUGUUUGAUGUUCUUGUCUUUUUCUUCCCAUUCAAGUUUCCUUCGUUUUGAUUUUCUCAUAUGUUUCCACCAGCAGUUCCUUCUAACAGUUUCUCUCAUCAGCUUUGUUUCACUUUCAGCCCAACCUCACUUGUCUUCCAACACCUUGUUGUCUUCGUGUGAGCCAAUCAAUCGUAUGUCUCCAUGUGCGUUGUACACUGCUAUUAGCGGUGUACAAAUAUCAUUUGUAAAAUAUGCUAAAAAAAAAAGAAAAACAAAAAAAGUCAUCUACUUCAUGCCACAUACUAUGCAGGCUAGUAUGUUGUGAUACUGUUGAUUAAUAGCGCUACAGAACAUUUCUUUGGUCACAUUUAGUUAUUGAUGUUAUUAGAUCGUUUGAUGUCGGUCAGUAUGUUUUAAACAAAGGUUAAAAUAUUUACAAUAACCAUGUGAACGGCGUGGGUGGUCGUGCACAGUCAUUAAAACGGGCUCUUGCGUUGGGGAAAAACACGACCUCCUGAUGGCACUUAAUGUACAGCACUGCGAGUCGUUAUGUUACUGAUCAACACAAGAAAAUCUGACUAAGGGAGUUUAAAGGGAUUGCGCUUGCAAUUGGACCAUUCGCAGUGCAAGACACCAAGCUGUUUUGCACUUAAAGUGCAUGUUGUCCUCACUGAACCACCAAACGGCCAGCAUUUUAAAACCAUAUUCAUAUCGUUGACCAAAAUAAAGCUACAGGUGAAAUUGACGCUAGAAACAGUAAAUCAGACUUAAAGCAAUAUCUAAAUAAAUGCUUAAGGGGAUUGUAAACAAUUCCAACUUUACCCGAGUCACAAAGUGGCGCACUCAUGCAUUGCUCUGUUUUUAAGUCGGACUACGGAUCUUAAAAAGAUAAAAACAUUCACUGUUGCCAGUGCACAUUAUAGUAUACCUAAACUCAGAGGUGGGUAGUAACUCGUUACAUUUACUUGAGUAAAUUUUUUAGAAAAAUGUACUUCUAAGAGUAGUUUUACUAAGUCAUUCUUUUUACUUAGUAGAUUUGUGAAGACGAAACUGUAAUCUUACCCGGCUACUUUAGGCUACCCUAGUCGUCACAUAUUUCCUUUUUAUUCUACAUACAGCAUUAGAUUUUACUUUUUUUUUUUUGCCAGAGACGCCAACAGUGGCUCAACUCCAACUCCAUGAUACCAUUAUCAGACUCAAGUUUGCCGCUGUAUGAUCACACUGGCCUGUUCAAUCACGUGGCGUCUUUAAACCACAUAUUUGACAUAAAGCGGUGUCGUCAACAUGACUCGAAAGCGUCGAUUUUAAUUCUCUCCUUGUUUUUAUUUGGCACAGACUGACCACAGAAAACCGGAGAUAUGACCCUUUUAGUUUCAUAAUAGGAAAUAUGUUUUCUCCCCUGUAGGGCACUCAUGCUCUUUGGACUAAUAAUGCUUAAUUUCUGUAUAUUUCUUUUCUCUCGCUGGCAUUCAAUGUUUUUUUGGGGGGGGGGGGGGGGAUUUUUUGGCUUAAUAUAGUUAUGUAAUAUGUUAUAGUACAGGGUUCAUAUAGAUAACUUUGUGCUGAGAAAAAAAUAGCACUGUUUAAAAAAGAAAAUCAAACAUAUUAAGCAGUUACUCACAAUGUUACUUUCUUUUGGAUGACUACUUUUAUUUGAGUAAUAUUUUGUAUUUUGAAGUAACGCUACUCUUACUUGGUUAAAAUUUCGGCUAUUCUACCCACCUCUGCCUAAACUCAAAAUGGUUCAUAAUGUGUAUAUAACUCAAAAUGUGGCCUAGUUAUUAUUGUCAGCUUUGACUAAAAGAAUGUUGUAUUCUCGAGAAAAUGUAAACUAGAGCUUCUGUCCUGUGACAAGUGCGUACAUUACCGGUUCACAAAAAUAUGCCCUGUAUCUUAAAACAAAAAUGGGUUUGGUGAUACAUGCUUUUAAAUGGACUGACAAUUCCAUGAUGUCGGUAAACUCUUUGCCAAUUGGUUCUGCUAUUAAGGAAAGCCAGGUGAAAGGUGUAAAGAUUUCAGUCCGUGGCAUUUUCAGACCUCCGUGAAUUCACCCCCCCUCAGACGCAAAAUUAUUGAAAAAUUAUGUCAUUCAUUUGUGCUAGGUUUGUGCUGAAAAAAAUGAUUUUGUGCUGCUACCGUUUUUGAGAUAUUAAGUUUUUAUACGUCAAUCUUACAUCAACCAGCCCUCCAUUUUGAUUAAAAUGGCUAAAGACUGUCAAUCAUUUGUGCUACGUUUGUGCUGCUAUCGGUGUAUCGGUGCAAAAUGGACACUAAGGGGUGCCAUUCGUUCGUGCAAGUUUGCGAUUGUUGGUAGGACACCCCUCUGUUAUUGAGAGAGUUGGUACCCUUCAUCAGCCACGACGGAGGUGCUGCAAUGGCGUACUGCACGUAACACGUCACUUUUGCUUAUUAAUAUUCAUGAUGUUAGUCAUUUUGCAAGGCGGGUGAAGCUCGCGUUUUUUUCCUAAUGCUUAAUGCAUGGAAAUAGCGUACGAGCGAGAUGUUCACUAAGCUAAACCUACCAAUUCUGUUCGAAAAUUAUGUCCCUGGUGCCAAGUUCACUGGUAAAGACGUGGAAGAACAUACAAAUAUUCAGUUAAAGAGAUGGCUUUGAGUGUCGAGGGCUGAAAAAGACAGGAAAAAAGAGCCGACCUGAUCCAGAGGUAGCUUUUUUAUCGACACCUUUUUCUUGAGUACAUUGCCUUACACCACUGACAGUGAGAUUCUCCUGUUUCAACGAUUUAUCCUUUACCACCAUAUGCCCUGUCUUUAUGUAUUAUAUCCUCUGGUUGUCUUACGUCUCUGACUGUUCUUGGGGGUAAUUUACAUUGCUAUUUUGUAUCGAUCGCAAAUGCUACUCAGUGACAGCCAACGAACACUUUAAUAUUUUCAUUAAUAACACAUUUUAAUUCUAUAAUUUAUUUACACGUCCCCCUUACUAAAGUUGUUUUUUACAACAGAAAAGGUUACAACAGUGGCAGUCAGAUACAAUUUUAAUUUUUUUUCAGGUCAUUCAUUGUCAGACAGAAGCAGCAUGGCAAAACACCAUGCUAAAAAAUAAGUAAAAAUAUCAAAAUGGCUUACCUUUUUGUCCUCUGUAGGACCAUGGCCCCCAACAAAAUGUUUAUAUGAAAUGGAAUGGCAUCACCUUGCUGGCGUUAAACUGGUCUUUUGGACAGCCAUGCAAGUUGAUCUAUUCUUCAGUUUUUGCCUUCAGGAAACUUAUGAAGAAAACACCCUUCAUAUGUCGUAAUGUCUGGUCGUUUCUACAAAUUCCAUAGCAGCAGUGUUUACCUGGCAUGUUCUUUUUAAAAAAAAAUUUUUUUGGGAAAGAUUACCGGCAGAAAACAAGCAGUACUAACAUGGGUUGUAUGCGAAGGUGCUUCUAUGUUGACCCACUUCCGGGUUACGAGGGUGACAUCACAGUCUAAAAAUGGCAUUCGUGCUGUACGCUAUUGACGUCAUCACUUGAAAUUGAUAUCUCAAUAUGUAUGAAACGAUAGCAGCACAAAUGUAGCAUUAAUGAAUGGCACCAUUUCAGGUCCAUUUUACAAUAAAUGGGGGGGGGGGGCUGCGUGACGUCAUCACUCAAAAUUAUUAUCUUAAUAUAUCAAAAAUGAUAGCAGCAAAAACAAAUUUUCCAUCACAAACGUCAUAAUGUAUUGACGGGACGCAGGGCGCAGGGCCAAUAAAUAGGGGGCCCACAUUGUUGGAGAGGCCGUCAGAGCUGACCGAGUGGAAUCGCAGACAAAGUGUUUUUCAUUGAAAAUUCUUGCGAGUAAAUGCUUAAAUCCCCGAAUUCAUUAUAGAUAAGGAUGUAAAACUGUCUUGAUUCGUGGUUAAAAAAAUAAAAAUAAACGGGCAGUUGGCGUUUAUUUUACGUAAAUUUGUCAAAGUACAAUGCUAGUCUGUUAGUGACUGUAGCUAGCAGCCGCUUGUUGUAAACAGAGCUUUUCCCGUGAAAAUUCUAGCGAGUAAAUGCUUAAAUCGCUGAAUUCUUUAUAGAUAUGGACGUAAAUUGGUCUCUAUUCUUGUUUUUAAAAAAAAAAAAAAAAAAAAAAACAUGCCGUUAGGAUUUAUUUUACGUAAAUAUUGCGAACUACGUAUGAUGCCAAUGCAGUAGCGGCUAAUUUCUCCCAUUGAUUUUUUUGUACAACGUUACAAAAUGCAUGCAUGGUACGAAAAAUAUAAUAAUUACCUCGAAUCCUCGAACAAGUCACUCCUGAGAUGAUCCUUCCUGUUUGUAUGUGGUACAGCAUUCCUACUUUUUCAACAGAAAUCCGGCGUUAGAUCGCUGCGUGAGUGUUUGUGAGUAGCUCCCCUUGUUAUGGACGACCCCAUACUUGAAUGCGAGGCGCAGUGCAUGACUGAUCUGAGCCGUCAAUACAUUAUGAAGUCUAUGCACAUACGUAUCACAAACGAUUGACACAAUUUUUAGCCAUUUUUAAUCAAAAUGGGGGGCUGUUUGACCCCAGAUUGACCUAUGAAAGAAUUAUUAAUAUCUCAAAAGCAAUAGCAGCACAAACGAGUGCCAUCAUUUUUCUAUAAAUUUGUGUCUGAUGAGGACCAACUUCACAGAGGUCAUUUUCAGAAAUGACAGAAAAACAAUCGAAUAGCUUAACUCGUAGAAGAAAAAUGUUGUACUAAAGAGCAUUUACAGCAAAGGUAUGUAGAUGAGAUGGCUUGAUAUUGCAAUAAAAUUAGAGGAAGCCUCAUUAUUAACAUAGUGAGAUUCUGUUAUCAGCUUUUUGAAUUGAUUUUUAAAGAAAAAAAAAAACGCUAGUCUUUUUAAUUAAAAAAAGUUUGUAGGCUCUCUAUAUGCAGCCUUGAUAUCGACCAUUAACAAUAAUAAGAAAAGAGCAUAUCAACAAUUUGAGUAUCGAAUAAUUGUGAGGAACUAUUGCACAAGAGUAGAUGAAAUUACAUCAAGAAUAGUACUAUAAUUUAAUGCUAAGUAACCAGGUACCUAUAGGCUUUUUACUGCAAGAGUGUGCAAGACACCGUUUAUAUUGUAAUUAAAAUAAAACAAUAACGUUGAGUGUUUGAGGUGUUCGUAGUCCACAAAUGUUUGUAUACUACAGCAUUAAUUCUCAUUAAAUAUUGCAUAAAGAUGCUUGGCGAUCAAAACCUCAUCUUUUUUUUUUUUUUCCUUUUUUUUUCUGUUUUUCAAUUGGACCUUAUAAUUAAAGUGUUUGAAUAAUGGGCAAGUCAAGUAACAAUUUAAUCCAGCAGGGCGGCAAACAUUAUUUAAUGUUAAUGUUAUUUGUCUUAAGAAUUUAUUUAACCUGCAGUAUUUCUUCACUUGUUCCCUCUGGUCAAUUCCACAUAAUAGGUAUGCAUAAUAUCCAGGUGUCUAACGAUAGCAUCCGAAGUUAACAAAAAAAAAAAAAGCAGUAUAUUUAUACAGCAAGUGGUACAGUAAUGUAUUUCUAGCUAAGCAUGGUUGCAUCCUUGUGGCAGCUAUUGUUUUAUGCUUUUGAUAUUUUAUUUGAGCUCCUUCUCCUCUUAAGUGUUUUUGUCCUCAACAUACAUUAGCUGAGGGAGGGGGAGGAGAUUCCGGUGUGAUUAAAUGAUGCCUGUGACUCUGGAGGCGAGGGUUAGCUCACCUGCAAUAUAGUUGAAAACCUCCACUUUUCACAUCUUGACUGAGUUGAGAAUGACCAACAGCUAAGGUGCAGAAGCAUUGCUUUCCUCAGCCACCACCUUUGUGCCAUACGUCAGUUGUUCAGUAAUUUGUUCUUCCCCUAAGUAGCUGGUGAACUAUUGUUGAAUCUUGCUUCCUGUGAAUCUUUUCUUAUGACUGUCCUAUUUUCUCACAAUGUUGUUGCAUAUUGCCUGUCGAAUUUUUUACCUUUCUUGUUGUUUUUCUUGCUGUCUCGCCUUUUUUUUUUUUUUUUUUUUUU